AUGGUGUUUGUAAAAGUUGCCCACAGAUAUAGUCAGGCCAUGUUUUCAUUUGGAAGGAACAAAGGUAUUGAAGUAUACUAAUGACUUGCGUUUAAGCGACAUUCUUCUUCGAAAUCGUGAUCCUCAAUGCUAAGAUAUUCGUAGAAAAAAAUCGUCUUGUCUGGCUCUGUUUUAAUAUGACAAAAAUGUUGUGAUAUGGUUGACAGGCGAUAUUCUUCCAUAUCAUCCAUUGAGAUGUAGCUCUCAUGAUUUUUAGUGCAAUCCAGAGAUGUAGAGACUACAAACUGGAAGUUAUCUUGGUGUACAUAGAAUUUAGAAACUAGGAGUGUUCUAUUCCAUCAUGAAUGGGAUGCCAAUCCAUCACACAUUUUCGGUUUUCAUUUCAUCAUUUUAUACUUGAAAUUUUCAAUUGACCUAGGUAUGGUUUGGGUUGAUCUCAAAACUGGAUCAUCGCAUUCAGAUUCAAGCAUGCUGACUGUUAGGUCAUUUCAUCUCAGACUUAAAGAGAAGAUACUAGGGAAAGUGAUUUAUUUGUUUUGAUUUGUUUUGUUUCAUUUUGUUUUGCUUUGCUUUUUUCCAAUAGUGGUUCAUCAUCUCCUUAAGUCCUGUGGAAUGUCAACAGCUAAUCCUGCUGCUCAGGAAUCUAAAAUGCAUUACUUGUUGCUGAUAAUUCCAAUAUCAACAUUUGGCCUGGGAACAUGGCAGGUCAAGAGAUUGCAAUGGAAGAAAGGAUUGAUCAAGGAUCUUGAGUCCAGGACAACUGAACCAGUUCGAGAUCUUCCAGAAAAGUAAUUUUUUAUUUCAAAUUUUUGUUUUCUCUUCAGAUGAAAAAUGAUCAUAAAUUGUUGGAGAAAUAUUUUUCUCACUUUUUUUUGUAUAGUUAAGAAAGUAAUCGAGAUCAUUAUUUGUACAGUAUUGAUGAACUUAGAUCAAAAUUUCUGGAAUAUCGACGAGUCCUGGUGCAAGGAACAUUUGAUCAUGCAGAGGAAAUCCAUUUGGCACCAAGGUCACUCAAUGAAGGUGCACAUGGAGGAGGGAGUCUCGGAAGAAAGCCGAAAUCUGGUGCUCAAAUCAUCACACCAUUUGAAAUCUCUGGAACAGGGUAAGGUGGAAAUAUUUGACCUUGAAACCUUCCAGACCCACAUCAAAGUGUCUUCAUAAGUUUUAGAAAUAUUUACCAUAAACACUGCUGUAUUAGCGGCACUGGCAGAUAGGCUGCACCUCAAGUCUAAUUUUGUAAGAUAUGACAAGUGCCCUAUAUCAUUGUAGCUUGAUUUUGUGUAUUGCAUAAUUUUGUAAUACAAAAUUCUGAGAUAUCCCAAUUUUUCCACUUUUUUUCUAGGCAAAGAAUCUUGGUCAAUAGGGGUUGGGUGCCUAUGGACAAAAUCAGACCUGAAAAAAGACAAGAAGGACAGGUCUCUGUAACAAAAUUCUGUAUUAAUGAGAUCCCUUUUGCCCUGAGUCAUGGUUUUUUAUGCUGAUGUAGAAUCCUCCAUGGUCAAUAACAAACUCUUUCUGACUAAGUUAACUCAUUUUACUGUACUGUCAUCAGAAACAUUGAAAACUUGUAGGAAUUUCAAAUUUUUCAGCAAUAAUGUUUGUUCCUUGUGAGGCAAUGAAAUGGAACAUUUUCUGCAUAAUUCUGCCUCUAAUCUGAUAUCAAAAUUGAUUUUGUAAGGUUGAAGUCCAGUUUAAAAUAACUAAAUUGUUGAAGAGAAAAAUUAAACUGUUUGAGGGAGAGGGUAUUCUUAAGUAUUAUCAGUGCUCUAAAAUUUACAACCUCUCAUCUCUCUUAUUACUGCCUAAAAUUUCUUGGAAUUCAUGAAAAUUCAACUGUAAAAGAUGUGCACAAAUAGAACUAUUUUAAAAAGGGGUCUAACAGUAAAGUGAUAUGAUCUAUUUUGAACAAAGAGGUAUAAACAUUCUUUACACAUGUCAAUGUCCAACAUUCUUAAUUUUUAUUUGAAGAUUAAGGGUGAGACGUCUUUGGUUGGCUUCAUCAGACAAGGAGAGAAGGUUUUUGUCAUUAUGUUCUGUUUUCUUAGGCUUUGUGUUGAGCUCGCCAUGAGAUGAUUGUUUAAUUAUCGAUAAAAAAAUUGGAUUAGGUGUAGGAGAGAGAUCUCCAUCUGUAUUCUUAUGAAAAUUAAGAAGGAACAGGUGGAGGGCAAACCUUGUUUCCUCCAAAAGUGAUCAAAAUGCAAUGUCUCUUUACACCAUUGACAGGUUGUCAAGUAAGUAGUUGAUGAGAAGUAAGAAAAGUUUCAAUUGGAGGAUAUUGAAUUCAGGAAUUCAAAGUGUGAUAUAAUUUAGAGAGUGAAAUGGGACACAAAUUUAAAGUAUUACCAUUAAGUGAGUAAUGACAGAACCUAAGUUUAAUCCAAGGAUAGGGACAAAAAUUUGAUCAGAAUUUGAAUUCAAGAAGUAAAAAAAAAGAUUGAUCAGAUUAAUAAUAGUAGUCCAUUCAACAAAUAUGCUGGAGGUUUUGAGGUAAAGAAUCAGAAUGUAGAAGUGAAAAUCAAUUCAUUGUUGAUAGGAAAAAGAAUUUGUCAUGCCUGACUUGCCUGAUGAUCUGCAAUGUUUCUGGGGUAAUACCUCAAAUACAGGUCAAAUUUGUGUUUCCCCCUGAAUCACAUUUUAUGGUCACCAGAAUAAAGGAAGUGAUCACCAACUAAUGGAGCUCUUGAUUCUUAAACAAACUCUCCUUGUCAGCGCCUUAGUAAAUGUAUAAUGAACAGUAUGGAGAAUAUGCAUAUGGAUGUUGGGGGGUAAAGGGCUAAUAUUCUGAUAUUAAUAUUGAAUGGUUUUGUGAUUUUCGUUUUUAGCGACAGCCAUUUCAGGCAAAAAAUAAUCCAGAAAAUAACAAGUGGUAUUCCCGAGAUGUGGAUGCUAUGGCGGAAGUUACAGACAGCUUGCCAAUUUUAGUUGAUGCUGAUGCUGGUAAAUGUUGAUUGAAUUUACUGGUAUUAUUACUCUCGUCAAAGGGAUCAGUUAAUUCUCAUUUGACUUCACACUUUCGUUUUCUUUUUUUGCUCUUUUAUUCUUCUUACGUGCCUCAUCCUAAAACAAAAUAAGAUGUUGUCCUCGUAAAAAGUGGGGAAGGGGGGGGGGGAGCUAAAACCUCUUAACUCCGCCGUCCCUAGAGUUAGGCGCGUCAGGAAAGAAAACACGAGUGUGUCUUGCACGCUUCCUCUCUCUUCGGCUAUCCGGAAAUUUCAUCGUCACUUCGCUCUUAUCUUUCAGCCAGCACAGUUCCGGGGGGACCACGAGGAGGCCAAACCCGGGUGUACCUUCGUAACGAACAUCUUCAGUACAUUAUAACCUGGUCUGUAUAAAACUUAAAGUUUUUUACCCUAAAAAAAAAUUAUUAUAUCUCUCAGUUAGUACGUUCGCUAUGAUUGGUCAAUUUGACGGGUCCUAUUACACGUUACAGCCCGCUAAAUUCAAAAGUUUGUUUAAAUUGAAAUCUCCCCCUAUUUGAACCAGGCGGUAUGAAACAUAUUCUACUGACCUCGUUUUCUCGGUCCCUACUGAGAGUUACGGAACCUCGUUUUCCCAAUAGUAUUUUUGGUUUCGCGCCUGAGCCAUAAAUCUGAGCGGAAAAAAAACACUUGGUCCGUUACUUACGGUGCGGACGUCAAACUCGGCUAGCGAGAGGUUUUUAUUGAUGUUGUCUUUCAUAUCUGUAAAACUUAAUUGGAAUGUCCAACCAAACCCGCGACCCUCUACUUAAGCAGCAGUCAUAAAGCUUACUUUUUUUUUUUCGCGAGAAAAGACGUAAAAUUGCUUGAAAUUUUAAGUUAUAGAAGGAUUAUUUUUUUUCUCGGAAAUUCCUAUUUGAAAGCGUAUGAUAUUUGUGUUUUUCUUGUUUUUUUUUUUCAGGUAUUCGUUGUCCGCCUUUACUGCCUACAUGUACUACAGGUUAAGGAAGUCGCCCAAAAAUGUUUUCACGUAGUAAUUUCUGUUAAGGCCUUCUUUCCAAGCCGUGUGAUUGAUGGAGAAUUUGAAAUGCAAUUUAAUUUACACAAACUUCGGAUGGAAGGACAUCAGUGUGGAGUGUUAGGCGACAUGUUACUUGAAUAAAAGUAAUCCGCGAUUGCAGUGCUUUUGCUUGAUCACGCCCUGUGAUUCGUGGACUGAACUCGCGCCACUUCCUGUUCAACCAAUCAGAUGCAAAACGAAAACUCUGUCUCACGCGUCUUCCCGCGUUUUAGGCGGUUUACACGUCUUUUCUUUGAAUUCCUCUUGUGUUUGCCUUCGCGCUGAUCUACCGGAGUUAACACUUUAUUAAUUUAGAUUUUAUGGCAUUCAAUAGAAUUACAAUCAAUCGAACAGGUUCGGUGACCAAACUUAUAUGAUGUAGGAUCAAGGCAUUGCUAAGUGAUCAAAUGGUGUCGAUUUGGUUGAUUAAGUGGAAUCGAACCCAGAAGUUAGCUUUUUCUGUACAUAGAACCCUGAGUGCUCGCGUACAAAGAAUGCGAGUGGGUAAAGUGUUUGACAAAGAUUUCCAGUCGAGCAAAACACAGCCAAUCGCCUUAAAUCAGGCUAAAAUAGUUUACAAGUGUCUAUCAGCAAUAAAUCGGGCUAAAAACUACGAUACUUUA